CAAACUAACUUGAAACUUUAAAUUAACCUCAACAGCUUACAAAAUAAACUUUGCAUUUAGUGCAUAAUGAAGAGUUGGGGUUCAGGUGAAUACUGGGGGGUCGGGGCAGAGUUUGACCCCGACUGGAUGCUGACGCCCCAGCAGCGAGAGCUCAGAGAUAAACUCGUGGAGCUCUGCAGGAGCAGCAUCAGGCCUAAGGCGGCGGCGGCGGACCGGCACUACGUGUACCCCAGGGAGAGCCUGCAGGCGCUGGCCUCCCUCGACCUCCUGGCGCUGCUGGUGCCUGAGUCGCUGGGGGGACUCGGGGCCAGCUUCGUCACCUGCGCCAUGGUCGUCGAGACCAUUGCGCGCUAUGGCUGCCCCAGCACUGCUUUGGUUUACUGCAUGCACCUGCUGGCCACGAGUAUGCUGCUGUACCGCCACUCCGAUAACCCCACCAUCACUGCCCUGCUUAAGGACAUCAACCAAAAGAAACUCAUAGGCACCUCAGUCCACUCCGACCCGACGACCGGUGGUCAUUUCUGGUAUCCUCUGUCCUCCAAGUCGGCGUUCGUGUCGGAUAACCUCGUACGCUACCUCAAGUACGGCUCGUGGUCAACCUCUGCAGGCUACGCAGACUUCUACGCUGUCGUCACCGCGUCGCCUGACAGCAAACCUGACCCGUCCAACAUGACCACUUUUCUGUGCUUCCGUGACGAGGUCCGAGCUUACGCCGAAGACUGGCAAGCCAUGGGCAUGCACGGCAACAUGUCGGGUGAGGUCGUCAUCGACUGCGAGCUUCCGACGAGUCGCAUUGUCGGGAAACCGGGGGAUGGAGCAUCGAACAAUUCCGAAGCCGCAACCUCGGCAUUUUGUGUGUUCACGUCGGCCUGUUGGAAUGGCAUCGCAAUGGCAUGCCUGGACGUGGCGAAGAAACACGUCACCAGAAACGCGCAUGGCGAUGUUGGCAUGAGGGUCUGUGACUACCCAGCUGUGCAGGAUCAUUUCGGAUCAAGUUUAACCGCGACGACAGCUGCCAGGCUGACACUCUUCAGCCUCUGCCAGCAACUUGACCGAGUCUCCAACAACAACGACUGGUCCCUUGAAACUACGUUGAAACUGCCCAGAUCCCCGUACACAUUCUGGCUGUUUCAAGUCAAGGCCACGGCAUCUGAGAACGCCAGCCGCGUGGCCGGCCAAAUGCUCAAAGCUUGCGGUGGAAAUGGAUACAAGAGCGAGCUGGGGCUGGAACGCCUGUUUCGUGACGCCAAAGCUGGCUGCGUGAUGGCCCCCACCACCGAAGUGGUGAACUCUAUCGUGGGACAGGUGGUGCUGCUGGGGGCAGACGUGCUCGACUUGUGGAACCAAAAGCCGAACCAGCGCGUUUUGCACCAGGAACUUUCGAAACUCUCCCUCAGCGACAAAGAAGAAUUACUUAAGACUUUGACGGAGGACAUUGCUGGCGAGAAGAGCCCUCCAGCCACGGAGCCUUACGAGGAUUUCGACAACCCGUUCAGCACGGCGCCUGCGCGAUACCUGGGGAAGGAGUUUGAGGACGGAGGGAAGUUUCGUUCUGCUUUGGAGCCUAAAACAUGGACGUCGCUGAAACUUCUGAGCAGAACUGACCUGACGCCGAGUGUGACGUCAUUCAGGUUCUCCCUUCCUUCUGGCACUAACCACAGCGGCCUCAUGCCAGGCCAAUACGUCAAGGUCAGGGUGGAGACUCCGGACCACGGCGCCCACGAGCGGUUCUUCUCACCCGCGUCGCCGCCGUCCGACGCGUCCGGCAUUGAGAUCGUCGUGCGCUACGAGUCCCACGGCGUCGUGUCCGACCGCUUCAGGAACAUGCGCGUCGGUUCGAGCAUCGCCUGCAGGGGACCAUGUGGGGGCUUCGAGUACACCCCCAACAGCCUGGCCGAAGUGACACUCCUGGCUUCAGGUGGCGGCAUCACCCCGGGCCUGCAGCUCAUCAGGACUGUGUUGUCCUGCGACGCCGACACAACCAAACUCGCGCUCGUCUACUACGCCGCGACUCGGGACGAAAUUUUGUACAGGAGCGAACUGGAAAGCUACGCCUCGACUAAAAAAAACUUCCGCUUGGUCCUCUCUCUUGGCGAGGCGUCCGAGGGCUGGACGGGAGAAGAAGGCUUCAUCGACCAACGCAAGCUGGACAGGCACGUCCCCAAAAACACGUCCCGAACUCAUAAGAUCCUGGUGUGCGGAGGGCCUCAGAUGUCCAUCUCCUGCUGCCACGGCCUGCGGCUGCUCGGAUUCAGGUCGACGCAAAUUUUUGUAUUCGGCCAGUUUGGUGACGAGCUUAUCAGAAAAGUCUACGGCAGGAAUGCGCUACUAUCCACUCAUACAUGUUAUUAAAAUCUUCUGAGUAUCAGAUAAACAGGCGUUGGAGUAUUUUUAACAUCGAAUAUGUAAAAGUUUUUCACAAUUUAGGUCUAUCUUCAACAACCGUCGAAACUAAUUUGAGUAAAACCACAUGAAUUGGCUAGCAAUUAUGGGUAAUUAUUAUAUUUAUAAUUUAUAUUUAUUUUAUAGGGAUCGAUAUUUUUAGUCAUUAUUAUUUCACCUAGAGACUAAACGAAGAUUUGGAGGAGCAUGGGGUCCCGAGUAAGAGAUGGGACCCUAGAAAGAGUGGUCAUGGGUAACCACGGAAGAAAUUGGUCCAGAGUAAGAGAUGGGUCAGGGGCCAAUUCUCACAAGAAUGACAUUUAUCGUGUUUUCAAAAACACCAAGAAUCUUAAUAGAGGUACAUGACAAAACUACUAAUUUUACAAACCUUAUCCUGAAAUUCUAAGUGGAGUGAUUCUAAUCACUGACGAUUCUGCUUAUCCUUUGAAGUCGCAAAAAUCCAUAAAGCAUGUCCUCUGAAUAAAUUCUAUAAAUUGUCUAGCAGGAUAUGCGAAAUAAGCUACAGUUGCAAGGAAGUGUUAAUUGCUAAUGCAUUUUCCAGUUGCAAGGACUUAUCCGACAGACGCCUCCCUAUCUUCUCACAGACGCCAUAUCUCGAAACGCCGUAUUAAAUACGUUUUUCAUUUUCGUGAUAUUAAACGCUUCCAUUGCAUGGAAAUAUUCUGUACACUAAUUCACACAAAUCACAGUUGAAAAAAGUAACCCUUAUGAGUUUGGGUCUCCUCGCAGUGAAGAAUAUAUUGACAAUCACUUGGCUCCGGAGCCGGGAACAUUUGCAGGCUUGGCGAGACAACAUAUCCCAUUGCCUUCCUGAUAUAUGUUUAAAUACGCCUGUUAUCCGGCAAGCUGCAAAAACUCGUAGUUAUGCUGAUUAGAAUCGCCGUACGAAUUCCUGAGCUUAAUUUCUGCCCUGGACUGUUGGA